UUGUUAUUACCCUGCUGUGCAGGGAGUCUCUGCAAGUAUACAGCCAGUGCCCUUUGGUUAGUAGGACUGUUACAGUGCGACGACCGAGGACAAUGGAAGACACCAACAUGUACGGUUUGGACCUGCCGCCGCCCAUGAAACGCAGAAGAAGACCCGUUGACGAGCCACCCUCCGCCAACGGUUCACAUAUGCAACACGACCGAUUUUGGUUCUCGGAUGGGAACAUCGUCCUGCGUGUCGAACAAACAUGCUUCAAGAUUCACCGCAACAAGUUAAUGUAUUCCAUUGUCUUUGCAGACAUGCUGGAACUCCCCCAGCCACAGGACGCAGAGAACGUUGACGGGUGUCCGCUCGUUGCCUUUUCAGGGGACUCUGUAGCAGACUGGACAGUUACCCUAAGCUGGAUGUAUAACCGCAGUGCUUUCGAGUCGCGCUCUGCCACGUUCGGUAUCAUUGCCGGAGCGCUUCGAAUAUCCACGAAAUACGAGAUUUCUGACCUGCGCUCCUGGUCCAAGCAACAGCUACUUUCAAGAUGGCCAACGAAUCUUCUAGAAAUGAACAGCAACGCGUUUCCAAAUGCUGCUGAGGCGAUCGCUUUAGCGCGACAGCUGGAUGUUCCAGAAAUACUACCAGCAGCAUUUUACGCCCUUUCGGUGCAGCGCUGGGGAGGGGGAGGCGAUGGAGGGAACAGCCAUCACAUUCUUUCGCCGGAGGACUUGCGACGUGUCAUCGUUGGUCGUGAAGAACUUGAACAACAUCUCGUCGCCAUCCUUACUUGCCCAAUUGGAGAGAGUUUCAUCCUCUGCCGAGAAUGUGAAGCUGUCUUUCAAAAGUGGCUAGUUUCGCGUUUUCUGCAUUCGCCAUACAGGAGUUGGCUAUUGCGCGAACUGAAAGACAUCUUACAAGAGCCGUGGACGGAGUUGUCCUCGUGUUCCUUUUGCCUGUCCACGUUCCGUCAGGUGGUUGCUAAAUUUACAGAUGAACUGCUUCAUACAAUACCCAGGUACUUCAGGCUUUGAUGCAGCUUAUAAUUUGUCAGGUCAUUCCCUCAGGUGAUGGCUUCCGAGUUGGGCCCUUGCCACGUACUAGUACAGGCACAUGUGAUAUAUAAUUCGGAGAGUGUUGGAUUGUCAGUUGAAUUUGGAGGAGGUCUAGACCUGCUCUGUACUGUAUUUAGUGAAUUGACCC